CGACAACUAUAACUUUAAGUUGAAGCGAUUCAGCCAGAUUAUUUGGUCAGGAGUAGCGGAGUGGUGCAUCACCGUGAUGAUGCCUCCAUUUGUGUUUAUGAAUCGGGAUUUGAGUCGUCAAAUGUUCAAUGAUCGCUUCUGGGUGUCCACAGUCGACACCGGACAGUUUUAAAUAUUCCAUCAAUCCAUUAAACUAUAAACUAGAACAUUAAGUACUGUUUCCACAUCUGCCAUGGUAGUCAAUCAGAUGGGAGCCCAUUGAGACAAUUGUCAAAACGUAAUAAUGAAAUCAACUAAAGCAUUCUUUAACAGUCUCGAAAUGGCUUGGAAUCAUAUACAAGUCAUCAAGUAAUUUUGUUCUAUCUGUAACCCCGUUGCAAAAGAGGCAAUAUUUUCCGUGUCUCAAAGGGUGUAUUUAAUUUCGUAGUUAAACAAUGAAAGUAAAGAGCUCGCCAUGAUCUGUCUUAAGCCAAACUGUUUCGUGACUCGUAUUCACGUGCAUUGCGGCUCUUGAAAUCUUUUUUAGCCGAUUUUUGUUAAAAUGUCUCUAAUUAUUUUGAUUGUCGGCCUCCUGGUCUUAGCACAGUGGCUGAAGAAGGCCCCCUCGAAACCGCCGUCACUCCGCCCGCGUUCUUCAGCCGAGCUUCACUGCGUUCAUCUCCGCCACGGUGCCCGUUUCCUGAGCCACAUUCAUUAGUCAGCCCCCACUUUCCCUCGGCCGUUCUUCCUCCUUCACGCCCUCUGCGAUCUCCUUGGCCGCCUUUUUUUUAAAAACCCGUAUUCCAUAGUUUCGCUUCCGCAUUCACCCAUUCACUCACUCGCUCCAACCCACCACCCCGACUGUCAGAGACGCGCAGCGCUCUCCUCCGACGAGAAAACCCAGAACAACAACAACAAAAACAGCUCACACAACAACAACAACCGCUGGCGAGACCAAUCAAGGCAAGCGUUAAUUAAGUUAGCCGCAGAGCCGAAGAGAAGAUGGCCAGGGCCGCCCCACGCAGACGGCAUGAACACAUUCCAGCCGAAGAGAUCAUGAUGGAGAAGAGUAUUCGGCGGCUGCGUGAGAAAGUUCACGGGAAGGUGUCCAUCGAGAAAGCGGCUGCCCUCAUGCUGCGCUUCCAGAUGCAGUAUGAGAGCGUGGCCAAGUACAUCGUCCUGGCCAUGGACAGAGAAGACUUGCAGAUGAAUGAAAGAGACAGGCAGCUCCUCAACAACCCAUCCAUACAGAACAUUAUGCGUCGGAUACGGAUGAAUGUCCCGCUGCCACCAGAGCCCAGGCAAAGGGAUCCCAUGCAGGAUUUCGACGUUCAGGCGGCAGCCAACGGGCUACGCGUGCUGGAGCUGACCGAGCAGAACCUCAACAUGUUCGAAAACUUGGCGAACAAUGAGCUGCCGCACGAUGACUGCCAGUUUGCGUGCAGCGUCUGCGACAGCGUGUGGUGGAGACGCGUGCCACAGCGGAAAAUGGUGUCCCAGUGCAGGCGCUGCAAAAGGAAGUACCAGCCAGUGCCACGGGACAGGGAGUGGGGGAGUGGAGCGCUCUUCAACUGCACAAACUGCAAUAACACCUUCAGGUUGUCGGCGAUAAAAGGGACAGCUUUUAUCGGCUGGGGACAGAUGGGCGUGCCAUCGCCGUGCUACCAGUGCCAGGUCGGCGUGUGCCCCACGCGCGUGCAGCGCCCCAAAACGCACAGUGCCGCGCGCCCUUCCGGGCAGCAGCACAGCUGCAUGGCCGAGGACUGCUACAACCGCCAGGGCCCCGGGGUUACCGGGACGCACUGUGUGCACCCGCGCACCUUGCAGGUGAGGCGCCGGCGGCGCGUGUUGCACGCGAGCGAGCCGCACAUCAGCACCGCCUCCACGGUGGCCACGUGCAUCAGCCAGGGCAGCCUCGUGGAGCACGAGGACGUCCUCAUCGAGCAGGACCUCUUGGAGGAGGACGAGAAUCGGCACCACUGACCGUGCCGCGAGCAGGGAUCGAACACGAGUCGCGCGCGAGCCUCCUCCGCUCCUUUGCGUUGGGUCGUGUUUUUAACCCAACGAUGAUCCCUUGUUUAUCGAAGAUGGGGGUGGAUGAACGGUGCGGUGGUUUUUGUCCAUUGCGCUGUGAACCCAGCGAAGCAAGUUCGAUCCCCGGCCACCACUAAAAAGCAGUGUGGAGUGGUAUCUGAACUGGUCCUGGAUGCCCCCUUUGUUAAACCGCACUGACAAGCUGAGUGGAGUAUGGUCAAACAUUCCUCGUGAACAACACUGCUUUACGAUAUUUGACCAUUUUUUU